AUGGGUGCCCUCUUAUCAUUGCCGCUCAUGGCAUUGCCUAGCGUUGGCACACUGAUCACGCUCGGUGGAUCAUGCUGCGGCGCAGCGACCUGCUCUGCGGUCUGCAGUGCUUGUGGGAAGUUUCAGAACAGCAUGGCAACGCGAAUCGCAUACGCUUUUAUUCUGCUCAUCAACUCCAUAGUCUCGUGGAUCAUGCUCACGCCGUGGGCGAUGAAGAAAUUACAACAUUUGACUCUAGAUUACAUGGAGAUUACCUGCGACGGCAAGGAAUGUCACGGCUGGGUUGCCGUCCACCGCAUUAAUUUCGGCCUCGGUCUCUUCCAUCUUAUCUUGGCACUUUUGCUGCUGGGUGUGAAAAACACCAGAGACAGUCGUGCGGCUUUGCAGAAUGGCUUCUGGGGCCCGAAGAUCCUUUUCUGGAUUGGAUUCGUUGUCAUGUCAUUCUUCAUUCCCGAGCCCUUCUUCUUCGCUUAUGGUAACUACAUCGCCUUUUUCUGCGCCAUGCUCUUCCUGCUGCUGGGAUUGAUUCUGUUGGUUGAUCUUGCACACACUUGGGCCGAGCUUUGUCUGCAGAAGAUCGAGGACAGUGAUUCACGCUUGUGGCGCGGCUUGCUGAUUGGCUCAACCCUGGGUAUGUAUCUGGCUUCUCUGGUGAUGACAAUUCUCAUGUACAUCUUCUUUGCCAAGAGCGGAUGCUCGAUGAAUCAGGCGGCCAUUACCGUCAAUUUGAUCGUGUUCUUGAUCAUCUCUGCGGUGUCCGUGCAACCGGCGGUUCAAGAGUCCAACCCUCGUGCUGGACUGGCUCAAGCCGCUAUGGUCACGGUGUACUGCACCUAUCUCACACUGUCCGCUGUGUCCAUGGAGCCGGAUGACAAGAACUGCAACCCACUGAUUCGCUCCAGUGGAACUCGGACUGUUACCAUUAUCCUGGGCGCCAUCGUGACCAUGGCCACUGUCGCGUACACUACCACGCGAGCUGCCACUCAAGGAAUUGCCCUGGGUUCAAAGGGUGGUCAAGGUUAUAUCCAGCUUGGCGAAGAUAAUGAGCACGGACUGGUCACCCAGCAGCCCAACGCUCGUCGCGAGAUGCGUGCCGAGGCUCUCCGUGCUGCCGUGGAGAGUGGUAGCCUGCCGGCCAGUGCCUUGGACGAGAGCGAUGACGAGGAUGACUUUGAGACCACGAGCAAGGAUGAUGAGCGAGGUUCCACCCAGUACAGCUACACGCUCUUCCACAUCAUCUUCUUCUUGGCCACAACCUGGGUGGCAACGCUUUUGUCGCAGGGUAUCACUAUCGAUUCUAAUAUGGACUUUGUCCCGGUCGGCCGGACUUACUGGGCUAGCUGGGUGAAGAUUUUCAGCUCCUGGGUGUGCUAUGCGAUCUACCUCUGGACUUUGGUGGCUCCACUUGUUCUGCCAGACCGUUUCGCCGUGUAUUAG